GAGGUUCAGUCGCCCAGGUGCUUCAAAAAUCCGGCACCCGCUCUCUCCUCUUCUCCUUUCCCACCUUCUCCGGCCUCUUUUGAUUCCAUGAAGCUUGAUUUCUAUCAAGAAAGCUAGAGCCGCCCAUAAAGGCAUGCCCGUCAAGGCCUUUGCUUCAAAGCGGCUUGGCUUCAACCUCACUUCAAUCCCUCGUAAGUCUUCUCCCCAUUUCUUGAUUCAUUGCCCCUUUUCAGCUCUCCCAAACCCACUUUCUGAAACUGAAGGAUCCCACGAAAAAGAUGAUCUUUCCAUUGAUUCCCCCAAUGCUUGCAAAGUUUUUAAUCCACCCCAGAAAGUUACAGGUGAAUUUAGAGUUGAUCAGCCCCCAAUUUCUCAUAAGCUGUUUAAAUAUGCUCAGAAAUCGGGUUCUUAUAAAAGGGGUGAUUCCACAUUCUAUUCGCUUAUUGAGAACUAUGCUAAAAAUGGGGACUUUAAGUCUUUGGAAAUGGUUUUUGGUAGAAUGAAAAGUGAAAGGAGAGCUUUUGUAGAGAAGAAUUUUAUAGUAGUUUUUAGGGCUUAUGGAAACGCCCAUUUGCCGGAAAAGGCGCUAGAGUUGUUUGCUAGAAUGGUGGAUGAGUUUCACUGUAAAAGAACUGUAAAGUCUUUUAAUUCUGUUCUCAAUGUAAUAAUUCAAGAGGGUUUAUAUUAUCGUGCAUUGGAUUUUCAUUCUUAUGUUAUUAAUAAGAAGGGUAUUAGGCCGAAUGUUUUGACUUUUAAUUUAGUUAUUAAAGCAAUGUGUAAGGCAGGGUUGGUCGAUAGAGGAGUGGAGACAUUUAGGGAAAUGCCAUCUUGGAAAUGUGAACCGGAUGUUUUUACUUAUUGUACUUUGAUGGAUGGGUUGUGCAAGGAAGAUAGGAUUGAUGAGUCGGUGGCAUUGUUGGAUGAGAUGCAAAUAGAGGGUUGUUUUCCGAAUCCAGCAACAUUUAAUGUGUUGAUCAAUGGGCUUUGUAAAAAAGGCGACUUGGCUCGAGCAGCAAAGCUUGUGGAAAAUAUGUUUCUUAAAGGUUGUAUUCCAAAUGAAGUUACUUAUAAUACUCUUAUACAUGGUUUAUGCCUUCAAGGGAAAUUGGAUAAGGCAAUUAGUUUGUUGGGUAGGAUGGUAGCAAAUAAAUAUGUUCCCAAUGAUGUUACAUAUGGGACUAUUAUCAAUGGCCUUGUUAAGAAAGGAAGAGCUGUUGAUGGUGCAGACGUCUUGAUGGCCAUGGAGGAAAGGGGGCAGCAGGGAAAUGAUUACAUUUACUCAACACUUAUUUGUGGGUUGUUCAAGGAGGGGAAAUCUGUAGAGGCACUGAAUAUGUGGAAGCAAAUGAUGGAAAAAGGAUGGAAACCGAAUACAGUUGUUUAUAGUGUUCUUAUAGAUGGUUUAUGUAAGGAAGGAAAACCUUUUGAAGCUAAGGAAGUUCUUUCUCAGAUGGUUAAUAUAGGUUGUGAACCAAAUGCAUAUACCUAUAGCUCCUUGAUGAAGGGAUUUUUCAAAAAUGGCAAAAGUGAUAUGGCAAUUCUAGUAUGGAAAGAAAUGAGAGAGAGAAAUUGCCCCUAUAAUGGAGUUUGCUACAGCGUACUUAUUCAUGGACUCUGUGAGGAUGGGAAGCUGAAGGAGGCAAUGAUGGUGUGGGGGCAGAUGUUGGGUAAAGGAUACAACCCUGAUGUGGUCGCUUAUACCUCAAUUAUAUAUGGCCUGUGCAACAAUGGUUCAGUAGAGCAGGGCUUGAAACUUUUUAACGAGAUGCUUUGUAAGCAUUCUGAUUCUCAACCUGACAUAAUCACUUAUAACAUACUUCUUACUGCUUUGUGCAAGCAAGAUAGGAUUACCCGUGCCAUUGAUCUCCUGAAUAAUAUGUUAGAUAGAGGAUGUGAUCCUGACACUGUGACAUGUAACAUUAUUUUGACAAUUGUAAAGGAGAAAAUAAAUCCAUCUCAGGAUGUGACAGAAUUUUUGGAUGAGCUAGUUUUACGGCUGUACAAGCGACAAAGAAUUUCUGGAGCAUCCAAAGUCAUUGAAGUGAUGCUUCAAAAGUAUCUUCAUCCCAAAGCACGCAAUUGGGAACUUAUUAUUCAAGAGUUGUGCAAGCCAAAGAAGAUUCAUGCAGCCAUCAACAAGUGUUGGAAUCACUUGUUUGGCUGAUCUGACUGGGGUUAUUCAGUUGGCCAAUGGUCUAAAGCUUCUGGGCUGUGUGAGAGACUUUUGUGAAAACACUCUCCUGUGUUUCAGAGUAUGCCAUAUGCUUCCAAGCUGAAGAUUAUGGAGAUAAGAGGUUGCUCAAGAGAAAUUUGCAGGCCUUGUAUUUUCCUGGUGAAGGAACAUAUCCCUAUUGUAAAGCAGGUGCAUUUGCAGCUUUUUACUCCAGAUCUCCAGCUACCUAUGUAGACAGAAUUAAAAAAUUGACUCUGUUGUCAAAUACAGCUACAGUUAUCAUUUUGCAAAAGAAAACCUUUUCAGAUUCCUGAUUUGAGCUUGGUUUUGGCUGGGAUUAUGGCUAGUACUAAAAGCCAUACAGAAGGAGGAAAGGACUUAUAAGAUGCAACCAAAAUCCAGUGAAGAAUAAAUUCUUUGUGGAUGAUCGAAGAAUCCCUGCUGAAAAAGUGCAUAAUUUCUACUGGCAUGAGGGUGGAGAUGAGGCAUGCAACGGUUCUCCUCGAUUUUUUGAAGGUAUUAGAACAUCCGAAGGAAAGGAAAGGACUUAUAAGAUGCAACCAAAAUCCAGUGAAGAAUAAAUUCUUUGUGGAUGAUCGAAGAAUCCCUGCUGAAAAAGUGCAUAAUUUCUACUGGCAUGAGGAUGGAGAUGAGGCAUGCAACGGUUCUUAUUGAUUUUUUGAAGGUAUUAGAACAUCAGAAAUCGCCUAUAUUGGUAAUAAUUGUAUUGCUCCCUCUAACAAAUUGAGUACGACCACCCACCCCGGCAUUAUGAACCGAAGAAGAAGAGGGAAAAUUAAAUAAGAGGACGAGCUUGUUAGUCACUGUUUGAAAUAUUAUGUACUUCCUAGUUCAGUAGCGCUCGGGAUCCUGAAGGAUGCUUUUAUGGUGGGCACAGAGUUACUGUCCCUUUGAGGGCAUUAACAAGUAAAAGCAUAUUUCUUAUUCUUCGGAGCAACUGUAGCAUAUCUCAUAAUGGGAAACCGAAGAUAAAAGGGCCAGAGAUGUGUAUCAUACGGAGGAUGCUGAUUGUUUGGUAUACUAUUGCAGAGAACAAGGCCUCUUGAAUUUGCCUAAUACAUCCUUGAAAUGCCUUUUUAGUUAAUUUCGUCAACCUCAUUGCAACAUUGCUGUGGUGCAACCAAGAAGUUCAGGCAAAUCUUAGUGAAGUUUCUUUGUAUUGAUUUUGGCAGAUGUACAUUUUCUAAAAGCGAACUUUGUAUUAGAAUAUUUAGGGAGAAAAAUACAGUUUUGGUACCUAAAUUUUGACGCA